AUGUUACGACUACAGUCAGCAGCAGAAACACCAGCAGUAGCAGCAGCAGUAGCUGUUUUAUUUGCAUUCUCAUUACAAACUGCAUUUGCUGCUCUGUCGGACUACGAUCCGGCAUUUGCUCGUUUUGCAUUCGAACAUGCAGCUGCUGCUUACUCAACAAAUCCAUUGAAAUGCAUUGCAAAGUAUGGCGACACAUCGAUCGUUCGUCAGGAUACCGUACUGUGUGAUCAUUUCCAUGAUAAGUGUUGGUAUUACAUCUCGGAAUCACCGAAUUACAUUGUUGUCGCGUUUCGUGGAACACGCUCCAAACUGCAACUAACUGCUGAAAUCCUGGCCAGCAUGACAGAACCAAAAGCAAAAUUCAUUGGCGGUGGCUCCGUGCAACGAUAUUUCAAUUCAGCAUUCGCGUCCGUAUGGCGUGAUAUGUGGCACACUUUGCGUAAAUUAACCAGAGGAAAUGUAACACGACCAGUGCUUUUCACUGGUCAUUCGCUUGGCGGUGCGCUUGCAUCAUUGGCCAGCACGAAAUUUGCAUAUUUUUGCUAUAGGAAGGGGAUUGAUGUGGACAUUCGUCUUGUAACAUUCGGUGAACCACGAACGGGAAAUCGAAAUUUUGCUUUUGCUCAUGAUGCACUGGUACCGAACAGUUUUCGCAUUGUACACCAAGGAGAUCUGGUGUGCUCAUUAUUUCGAAAAAAAAAAAUUCCGCACCUUCCGAACUGUUUGGUGAACGUUCGAACAUUUGCGUGUAUUUCACGAUUCAACUUCGGGCCCUAUCAUCAUGGCAUCGAAAUUUGGUAUCCACAAAAUAUGACUGAAACCUCGUUGUAUAGGAUUUGCCUGGACAAACCACGAAAUGAAGACCAGACCUGCAGCAAUAGUAUUUACCGUCAUUACAAUAUUCACGAUCAUUUGUUCUACUUUGGUAAACAUGUUAGCGAAUACGGUAUUUCUGGAUGUAUUCCGGAACCAGAACGGAAAAAAUUUUUCCGAAAUAAGCUGCUGAGUAUGACAAAACCGCUGAAUGAUACCUGA